AUGCACACGGGAGAGCGACCCUACGAAUGUUGUGAGUGUGGGAAAAGCUUCUCUCGGAGCUCAAACCUUACUAUACAUCAGCGGAUCCACACAGGAGAGAGACCCUAUGAAUGCCGUGAGUGCGGGAAACGUUUCACUCACCUCUCCUCCCUUAUCUCCCAUCAGACAACGCAUAUGGGAAAGCGACCCUACGAAUGUUGUGAGUGUGGGAAAAGCUUCUCUCGGAGCUCAAACCUUACUAUGCAUCAGAGGAUCCACACAGGAGAGACACCCUAUGAAUGCAGUGAGUGCGGGAAACGUUUCACUCACCUCUCCUCCCUUAUCUCUCAUCAGAGAGUCCACACGGGAGAGAAACCCUAUGAAUGCAGUGAGUGCGGGAAAAGCUUCUCUCGGAACUCAACCCUUAUUACACAUUACAGAAUCCACACCGGGCAGAGACCCUAUGAAUGCUGCAAGUGUGGGAAAAGCUUCAGUCAUAGCUCAGGCCUUUCUAAACAUCAGAGAAUCCGUAAAGGAGAUAAACUUCAUAAAAACCUUCUCUAGAGCUGUCAGAAAUUUUUUUCUUUAAUUCUUUUGACAGUUCCCAGAUAGUGACUAUUAAGGUAUUUGCAUCUUUUGCACAUUGUGGUCCCUCAGCUCCCACACGAGUUGCCCAGUUUUGAAGCUCGCCCAUCUUUGGGGUGGAUCCUGUGGUCUUUUCUAUCAACUCCAUUGUCCUGCGAGUCAUGGGAGUGGGUGUCCUUUCUACCAGGAAUGUCUGUCACCCCAGGUGAGGGAGAUAGGGGGUGUCUUCAACCAGUUAUGUUGAGAUAAAAUCUACCUGGGCCUCAUCACUAUGGUUGUCAUGGAGUUAGCUAGCUUGAGUUCACUUUCCUGAUG